AUGUUCUACCUGUUCAUCUACAUCGGCGGCUUCGACCCCUACGCCGUGGGCAUCUCGAACCUGCGCGCGGCCGUCUUCGAGUACCAGACGUUCCACGCGUUCGUCGCCAAGCUCUCGGACGUCGCGGACGCGCCGGGCGCGGCACCCAUCGCGCGCCGGCCGCGGCCGUCCAUCGAGUUCCGCAACGUGAGCUUCUCCUACGGCGGGCGCGCGAUCCUCGACGACGUAAGCUUCGCGUGCGAGCGCGGCCAGACCGUGGGCCUCGUCGGCGCGUCGGGCUGCGGCAAGUCGACGGUCCUGCGGCUGCUGCUCCGGUUCUACCGCCCGUCGUCCGGAUCCAUCUUCGUGGACGGCAAGGACGUGCACCGGGACAUCACGGGCGACUCGCUCCGCGCGCUCUUCUCCGUCGUCACCCAGGACGCGCAGAUCUUCAACGGGUCCAUCCGCGACAACAUCGCCUACGGCAAGCUCGGCGCGACGGACGACGAGAUCCUGGCCGCGGCGCGCGCCGCGGAGCUCGUCCUCGACGCCGGCGACCUGACGCUGGACAAGGACUGCGGCGAGAAGGGCGCGAAGCUCAGCGGCGGCCAGCAGCAGCGCGUGUCGCUCGCGCGCGCGAUCCUCAAGAGCGGCUCAGUCUUCCUCCUCGACGAGCCGACGACGGGCCUCGACAACACGGUCGCCAAGUCGCUCCAGGCGACGCUCGACGCGCUCUCCGCGGAGUCGACCACGCUCUGCAUCACGCACCACCUGGAGGACCUCCGCGCGGCGGACCAGAUCCUCUACCUCGACGGCGGCCGCGUCGUCGAGCGCGGCUCCUACGACUCACUCAUGGAGCAGCGCGGCGCCUUCUUCGACCAGGUCAACGCGCGGCGCUAG